GGACUUUGCAAGGUAGUGAGAAACCGCUGGGGUUUUUAGCUCGCAAUGACACAAGAGUCACAUCAUUUCUGACAGGCAUUCGUUAGCAGCACUGUGGUAUCCAGGACUUCGCGGCCUGGUCGCAGGGCGUGCCUGUAUCGUGCGGGGCGUCUCUUGGUUUCAGCCCGCCCAGGCGAAAAAGCCCUUCCCUUUCCAAGGCGCUGCCCAUGCCCGUGCCCAUGUCUGGCUUGCUUGCUUCGUCCAGGGGCGUUGCUCAUUGGCUUUUCUCGCGUCGAGCCUGGCUUGACAAUGGGAUUUCUUGCAUCCUCGAGCCGGCGAGGGCUUCGAUCCAGGGCCAUGUGACAUCUGAGCAGCCUUUGUGGUGUGGGGAAGGCCAUCGGAUCCCAUGUCCGAGCCCGAGAUCCAGCGUCGCUCUCUGUAAACCCUCCACCGUCGCUGAAAUGAGAGAGCACUGCCCCAAUCCGAUUACGCAGCAUUUGCAUUCCCAAGGCGCGGCGCACGAUUGGACACUCGGCGCGGUGGUAGAGGCGGCGAACUUCUCACCCUCCCUUGCGGACUCUGCCGCGUCGCGAUCCUCGGUCCCUCGUUCCUCUCAGCCGGUAUCGGACAGGGUUGGCCCAAAAACCUCUCCUGCCGAAGGGAUCCGACGGUGGAUCUGGGAUCCCGACGUUUCCGGCCACUGGCAGUGCCGUCGUGUCGGUGCGAAGCCCGGUCUGGGUUCAAUCCUCCGGCGUGAACGCUCGAUGCAAAUCACUUGAUUGAGAAGUGGUGGCGUUGGACAGAAGUCUC